AUGUCGCUGUGCAUGAAUCGGCUCUCGGAAGAGAGGAAGCAGUGGCGGCGCGACCAUCCGUUCGGCUUCUUCGCAAAACCCGCGCGCAACUCCGCAGGCAUGAUGGACCUCAAGAAGUGGGAAGUUGGCGUUCCCGGCAAGGAGAAGACGAUCUGGGAGGGCGGCCUGUUCAAGCUCGAAGUCACAUUUCCCGAAGAGUACCCCACGAAGCCCCCGAAGUGCAAGUUCACGCCGCCCCUCUUCCACCCCAACGUCUAUCCCUCAGGCACCGUUUGCCUCUCCAUCCUCAACGAAGAAGAGGCCUGGAAACCGGCCAUCACCAUCAAGGAUAUCCUGCUCGGCAUCCAGUCGCUGCUCGACGAGCCGAACCCCGAGUCCCCCGCGCAGGCCGACGCGUUCAAUCUCUUCAAGAAGGACAAGGUCGCGUACGAGAAGAAGAUCAAGGCGAUUGUCAAGGAGAAUCCCGCGCCGUAG